AUGGAUGAGCUCCAAACGCUCGGCUCGAUUCAGCCCCUCACGCCGUCCCAUCCCGCUUGGCCGUAUACGGGCGAUCAAAUACCAAGCCUCGCCAUAGCGGACACACUCGCGCCCGUCAGCGUGCUAGUCGGCGUUUUCACGAUGGAUAGGGAGGCGGAGAGGAGGCAGUUGAUCCGGGCGACUUAUGCGAGUCAUCCGGAAAGCAGGAAGGAAGGGACAGAGGGUGUCAAGGUGGUCUUUGUGAUGGGGCAGCCAGCACCUCCGUUUGCGGACAAGAUAGCUCUGGAGUCUGAACUAUAUGGGGACCUACUACUUCUCGACAUCCACGAAAAUAUGAACGACGGCAAGACACACGCAUACUUUGCUUGGGCAGCGCAACACGCUCAAGUACCAAAUUGUCACUAUCCAGCGGUCGCCGCAACCCACAUCUCACAUCUCGCCGAGCAGGAGGCGGCCGAGGGCAUGUUCGAGCGGAGAAGUAGGGAGACAGCCGUCUGUACCGGGACCCGACAGCCCGACUACGUUGUCAAGGCGGAUGACGACUCGUUCAUUGUGCUGUCGGAGCUAGAGAGGCGGCUGAGGGUGUUGCCUCGGGAGAAGGCUUACUGGGGCCUGCUCAUGUACGGCGAAUACCUACAAACACAGGAACGGUCCGAGUAUAUGGCGGGAGAAGGGUACGCCCUGUCGAUGGAUCUCGUCAAGUUUGUCGGGACCUCAAAGUACGCUCUCGCGCAUACGAUGGGGGACGAGGAUCAGCGAGUCGGGGACUGGAUAAGAGCGCAUCCGAAGGCGGAGGAGGUGGUCUGGGUGACAGAACGGUGCUGGAUGUACGAUCACCCAAAAGCUCGCAAACUCCUAUCCCACGGUUUCAUGUUCCCCGACGUCGUCCAGUCUAUCCGUGAUGACACCGACUACUUCCUGCCUCCCCACAUACCACCACACAUCCUCGACACCUGGUCCACCGUCUCGCCCUACAACAGACCGUACCGGCCGCCCCUCGCUAAUCUUACGAUCUCACAGCAAAUCGAAGCGCUUACCGAGGGCUCUCCUCUGUCAAUGUGGCACAAGCACAACCGCCCUUAUUUCCGACAUGGCAAUCACAAGUCUGGGCGGCACCCUCUGACGCUAGCGGAGGAGGUCGAGCGGGCGUGGAAGGAUAGACCGACGCGGGCGGAACGGAUGAAGGGGGGCGAUAAGGGGAGCACGGUAUUGGUGCACAAGGUGAGGCGGGACGAGUGGUGGAUUGAGACGGCGCUGGCGCUGCUGGGAUCGGAGGGGAGGUAG